UGCAAACAAAAUGUUUAAGGUUUCUGUAUUAGUGGCGCUCGCAGUGGCCGUCGCAGCCCGACCCGAGACUCCUUCCUACUCUCCUGCUCACCCAACCCCAUCCUACACGCCUCCUAGUCCAUCCUACAGCGCGCCCGUCCGACCGUCUCCAUCCUACAAUGCUCCCGUUUAUGCUGAUGUUCCACCCCAAUACAAUGCCCAGUAUAACGUAAACGAUGAUUACUCCGGCAACAAUUAUGGACAUCAAGAGGACCGCGACGGCUACAACACUCAGGGAACGUACUACGUGCAGCUCCCCGACGGCCGUGUCCAGAAGGUCACCUACUACGUCGACGGCGACUCCGGCUACGUGGCAGAGGUCACCUACGAAGGGGAAGCUCAGUACCCAGCUUACGAACCAUCUACCUCGUACCAACCCGCCCCAGCUUACCAACCUCCUUCAUCUCCUUCAUACGCCUAAAUUAUUUCUUUCUUAUUUAUUAUACAAAAUAAAUC